AGAUCCAACCAUAAUAAACGAAUAGAGGAAGCUCAGGGCCCUUCGGCCUUCUCUCUAAUGGCGGGCAUCGCUCUAAUUCUCGAUCUGUUGAAGGCAAAGCAAUCCCAAUCAAUCCAAUCUCUUCACUCCUACACUCUCUUCUCCGCCACCGUCGCCGCCUCCGCCGCCUCCGUCGCCGCAGGAAAACCUUUUCUCUCGCGAGCUCUCUUCGGUGAUGGAGGAAUUCCGAUUUUUUAUUGUGAUGCUGGCAUAGCAUUGGACGAGGGAUAUAUUCCUAGUCUUCGAAUAGCAUCUGAAAAUAUACUCAACCGCGAGUCUAUUAAUUACAGAACGAAAGAAUACCCUGUAGAGCUAAAACCUGUCUUCUCAGCCUUUGAGUUGAAGUCCCUAGCUAUUACAUCCCUGAGGUCCUUCUUAUUGUUUUAUUUACCUCUUCUGGAACCUCGUCCACCUAGGGAUGACGAUGAUGAUUUCCUGGAAGAAACUCCCAAAGAUAAGCCAGUAGAUUUGGCUGUUCCAUUCAGAAAUUCAGUCAAGCAGAUCUUCCGUGAGACUGCUGUCGUGACCACUAGAAGGAUAUUAGAAAGACUUGUUGUUCAUCAUGUUUCACAAAGGAUGGCAUGGAAACUCCUCAAAGAUGUUCCUAAGUCGGCAAAGCGCAAGGCUGCACGUGGAAUGCCAACUACAUUAUUUGUUUACGGCGUCAGCAAAACUACUUUCAGAGGACAUCUGUUAGGUGUUGCUGCAUCAUGGGUUGUCCAAAUCAUAAUUGAGGCCUACAGAUGCUUCGUACGCAACCCUGCAAAUGAGGAUGUUGAUGAUGAUGACAGUGAUAGAAAAGAAAAAAUCAGACUUCUAGGGAAAAAGGUCUGCAGUGCAACUAUCAAGUGUGGAUCAUCGUUAGUCUUUGCGUCCAUUGGAGCAGGAAUUGGUGCUCUGUUUCAUCCUUCAACUGGCCAAUGGAUUGGUUGUGCUCUUGGAGACUUCGCAGGGCCUGUAAUCGCUAUUAUCUGCUUUGAGAAACUUCAUCUUGAACUCUGAUACUUGAAUUACUUGAGCUACUUCAUUAACGAGAUAGUAUUAUAAGGUUCUCAACACGAUCAGACAUAGCUUCAGUUCACAACAAGAGCCGUAGACUGACUGGAAUAAUUGUCACCUGAUUAGUAAGUAUCGACAUAUAGCACGGUUUCAGUUCAUUUCUAUAUUGUAAUUUCAUAUUAGAUAUACUUCUGAGGUUGUCCGGCUUAAUGAAAUUUUGUUCGUAAAAUGAGCAAACCAUUACAUGAGAAUCCCAGUGCUCUUCAUUUUUAUGCUGGGGUUUCACGAACUUGUCUGUAAUAUUUACCCUAAGCUGCUUAUUCUCUGUUCCACUUUGCUUUCAAUUUGUUCACAUUUCCAUGGCAUGAAA